UCUCGUCGACGGCAAGUGGUUAUUAGUUGUCCGGUCAAAGAACGCGCGAAUUUAAAAUCCCUCUGCCUCCCCCUCCGCCCUUUAGAACGCGGUUCGUCGACCCUAGGUAUCGCAGUAUCCUGACGUACACUUCAAGGUCCGAGCACCCCUCCGCUCCCUCUUUCGCUCUCCCGCGCGUGGAAAAGAUACUGUUUGUAUCUAACGCAAAAAGAUCGAAGAUCUCGUUCUAAUGGACGCUGAAUUCGCUUUCUCAACGCUCUUCACAUUCACCGAGGAAGCUUCGCUCACGAUGCAGCGAGCGCGAUGCAACACUUUCUGCGCACGUUCGUUCGCUCAAAAUUGCAGAAUACGCUUCGUACAAGCACGCAAAAAUAUUUUCUUCUUUUUUUCCUCUGUUUUUAUUCACGUUAUUUGCCCAGUGCAUAUACCGCCGCAUCAGUAUACUUCGCUGUCAUAGCCUAACGCUCACCGUGCAACAAUGACGUUCGACCAAUGACGUGAGUUGCGCGCGAGAAGCAACAGGCGAGAGCCGAGGAGCGCCUUCGAGGUGGAAAAAAAGAUGCCGUGGCGAAGGAGAACGCUGGGGGAGAGACGGUUCUAUAUUCAUCGUCGGCGGAAGGAAAUGCAUAAAUACGUACUGUCGGGAUAGACGAAGGCGCAUGAGGAUCACGCGGUAAGCAAGUUCACGGCCGUCCCUUACGUGCAGCCUUCUCUUGGCAUCUUCAAGGCCAAGCGGAGGAUCGUGUUCUCUAUGCAAAUGCCGGCGCGCGGCGUUCAAGCUGGACACGAAUCGCGAUCGAACAGCGAUCGAGCGUGAUCCGGUUCCAUCAUACAGCUUACGUAAUCUAGAUAUAACUUUAAUCCCAUUCACACAGAUAGGCGUUAUCGUCAGCGUGUUAUAUAUUCAGAUCACAAAUCGAUCGUGGACCUCGCUCGAGCAAGCCGCAAUUGCUUCGCGAGGUAUUAGGAAACCGUAUUGCAAAAUGAACAUAUCGUUGUAUACGAAAUAUAUUACACAUCGAUGCCGCCGAUGACACAUAAUUUCCUAUCUCGCGUAUGUAUCGCAGAGAAAACAGUGCGUCUUCGUAACUUACUUCACUUUUGCGUCAGGAAGUACCUCGAAUGAGAGGGAAAGGCACACGAUAAAAUCUAAUCGGAUAGAACCAUGUUUUACAUCUAAUCAAAAAAUAAUAUAAUUUAUUACUUCGUCCUUAGCAGAAGCACAAAAGAACGUGAAGAACGGAUAACGUGACUGAGCGCUUCGAUUUUGCUCUAGGAAACGCUGCACCCUCACGCGGCGUAAAUAACCGAUGAGAGGAUCGCUUUUUGCGCAUCGGCAAGGACCUUGUGUUUCUCUUCCGAUCUCCAGCGUGAUUCUCCUCCGUCUAUCGCCUACUCCGCGGCCAUUCUACUACGGGAGCGGACGGCUCUCGAGGUGGUGAUAAAAGAACAAGAGAAGAAAAGAGCACGAAACACCUCGUGCGUUCCGCGGAGGAGCUCACCGGGGGCAGAGAGUAGCGCCGAGUGCCAGAGAGGAGGGCGAGCCCGUUAUAAGCUCGAGCAGCGGCUAUUCAGCAGCUCGACGGCGGUCUAGUGAAGUCCUCAGGGUCUUCGGCCGACGUUCGCACACGUGGUGAUCGUCCUAAAGUCUCUCGCGCGUCGUCCGUUGUUCUUCACUCUCGCGGUGCGUCUCGGAAUACCUUCGUUGCAGGACGACGAUCCUCCUGGUCAGGAUGGGUCGACCAUGCGGAUUGUCGUCGUUUGCGCUGAUCGUGCUGGUGCUCGUGGUGCAGGUGAUCGCGGCAGACGUGCCCGAAACGCCUGACGCGCCGGCAUCUAAAUCGCGGAGCUACAAAUCGCUCGACGAUCCUCGUCUGCUGGAAGACGAUGAUGCCGUGAUCGUCGAAGCCGCGAUUGAACCAAACGAGAUCACAUCGAGGAAGGGUCGGGAAAUUCUUUGGAGCGGUGCCGCAACUCGCGAGACCUGUCUGACUUCGAAAGGCGAGGUUGGUCAUUGCACGACCUUCAAAGAGUGCUAUCCAUACUUCAAGAUUCCAGAUCUCGGUGCUCUGGACGGCUGGGUACUCGGCGUGUACGACACAUGCAGCUACAUCCGUGAGGAUGGACACAUGAGCUUUGGAAUCUGCUGCUCGAACUUGCACCCGAUCGUCACGCCCCGGCCCGACAAUUGUGAUUCUGCGAUUGUGGAAGAACCGCAGGUCGAAGACAACAGAAAGAAAAACGAGAACGUAGCGCGUCCUCAAGCUGCACCCACUUGGCCACCACCGAUCCCUACGCACCCCCCGCAUCACACGAUACCACCACUACCGACUCAUCCACCCUCUAUUCUGUCGACGCGCAGCACUACCGUGAAGCCGAUCAUCACGAGCUCUAAAAAACCUGGAUCCGCCACAACGUGGCCAACGAAGAAGCCGACGUGGUGGCCAGCCGCAACCGUCACACCGACGACCAACAAGCCAACCACCAUCACCAGCUCGAGCUUCAACCUGUCGCAAUGCGGCGCGAAGAACGGCAAUCAGGACCAAGAGCGUAUCGUAGGCGGUAGGCCUGCGGAUCCAGGAGAAUGGCCGUGGAUCGCCGCGCUCUUCAACGCUGGACGACAAUUUUGCGGCGGUUCACUCAUCGACGAUCGACACAUCCUGACGGCCGCGCAUUGCGUCGCCAACAUGAAUUCUUGGGACGUCGCGAGGCUGACGGUGCGUAUCGGCGAUUACAACAUCAAGACCAACACGGAGAUCCGUCACAUCGAGAAACGCAUACAAAGAGUCGUGAGGCAUCGGGGCUUCAACGCCCAGACGCUCUACAACGACGUGGCGCUCCUCACGAUGAACGAGCCGGUGGAAUUCACCGAACAAAUCCGACCGAUCUGUCUUCCCAGCGGAUCACAGCUGUAUUCCGGCAAGACGGCCACCGUCAUCGGAUGGGGCUCUUUGAGAGAAGGUGGGGUGCAACCGGCGGUUUUGCAAGAGGUCUCAAUCCCGGUCUGGUCGAACAGCGAGUGCAAGUUGAAAUAUGGUAUAGCGGCACCGGGAGGAAUCGUCGACAGUUUCCUGUGCGCUGGUCAAGCCGCUAAGGAUUCAUGCUCGGGCGAUAGCGGAGGCCCGUUAAUGAUUAACGAUGGGCGCUGGACGCAAGUGGGAAUAGUGUCUUGGGGAAUAGGUUGCGGUAAAGGACAAUAUCCAGGCGUGUACACGAGAGUGACGCACUUUUUACCGUGGAUUUACAAAAAUCUAAAAUAGAGGAUACCUUAAUCUACCAUCCCUGAUUCGCACAGCCGC